GAAAAAGUGAAAAACAGAGCAACGAACUUUGAAUUGCGGAGUGCGGAAGAGUAGAAGACGAGCUCCGACGCCUCGCAACGAGCUAGUGGCGCCCUCCAGCCUGCCACUACGCAACCACGUCCCGUCUCCAUCCUUUAAAACCACGAGCGCACCGUCCGUCCACACGGGUGCACGACACCCUACCAGUCCGACAGUCCACCUUCCCUGGGCCGACAGAUGUCUCUGCUUGAAGUAAUCACCAAAGCAUCAGUCGAGAAAAACCGACCUGAAGCUGCUCUUAAGUACCCAAUCAUCUUGAACCCUGAAGCUGUUAUCUUCGAACUGAAACCCCAAGAUCUUGAUGCGAAGGAUGACUUGCCAGUUAAACGAGCUACUGGUUGGAAAGUCUCCGAACGUGACACUGAAAUCAUUGAGCUCGGGCAAAGUUUCUUCAAAAAACUGAAAAGGAAGCUUAAAAACCCUAACACUUUCAACCAAGAUGAGUUUUUGAAGAUCCUAGGUUCAUAUCUUGUGAGCAUUGCAAGGAAAUUAGGCACUGCAGAUAAUAAUACUGAGUCUGAUAAAGGUUAUGUUGGUAAAUUAGUUGGAAAGUCGGGACUAUUCAUGGGUAGAGAUGUGAAGGGACUUGUUUUGGAGGCCUGUGUUUAUCUUGAGUGCUGGGAGGUGUUAGAGAGUCUGAUGGUCAAUGGGCUUGUUGAGCAUUCACAUUUUUCAAGCUUAAUUAGUAAUUUGAUUGAAAAGAACAGAGCAGAUUUGAUUGUUUUGUGCGUAAAGCAUCUCUCCGAUCUCCAAGCUAAUGAUGUCAUGUGCAUUUUGAAGUAUUUUCUAUCACUACCUAAAGAUGGGCAUGAUAGUAUUCUAAGUGUCAGGAAAGAAUGGGAAAGUCAAGCAUUGUUGGCCAUACAACGAUUGAAGGAGUGUGAUGGCCAAUCACUGUUGGCAAUUGAGAAGGUCAAGGAUAAACACCUUAGGAAAAAGUUGACAUUGGUGAGAGAUGCUUCUUUAUUAUUAAUGAUAGCUUAUGAUGGGUUCUCUGGAACAGAUUUGUGUUUACAUUAUCUGAUAUCAUCAAGAAACUACGAUGAAGUGAUAUUGGGUGCUUGUAUCAGCAACUUAGAUGGUUCAGAAAUGAUGCGUUUUGUUCGGUACUUGGGGAAGUGGCUGAAGAAGUAUGAUAGUUUCCCUGAUGUGUGUCUUUGUCCUGAGGCAUCCUCUGUGUUGGGUUUGACAGCUUGUGAUUGGGUUCCAAGACUUGAAGAUAUCAUUAUAUGCUUAGGAUUGUUACUAGAUGAGCAUUUUUCUACUCUGGUCCUUCAUCCAGAAUUCCAUGAAGAAUUGAAAUCCUUGAAUGAAAUUGUUAACUCGUUAGCAGGAGAAGCUAGAUCUUGUGGUAAACUAUCAAACUUAACACAGACUUUGAGAGGGAAUACAAAGAUCCACCAGAUUUUACAAACAUAGUUGAUGUUACUGAUUCCUUUUAACGGACUUUGUUAGGAUGCUAAUUUGGAAACCACUAUGGAAGAAACUGAAACUGAGGAUAAGGAUAUUCCAUCUCUCAGUGACGUCUUUGUUGUGACACGGACACGCCUUUCCAAAACAAUGAAAUCGUUAUGAUCUUUUGGUAUUUCACUUUGAUGUCGGAUUGCUUUGAUUGAACAAUUGCUUACCAAGUGUUGUGGUGUUGCUGUACUGGAACUACUGUUAUUUUACAUUUUGCACUUUGUGACAACGUAUUUGGGUUUUGCUCUCUGGUUCACUAAGACCAGUUCUGUUGUAAUACAAUGUCACCAUUAUAUUGUUUGAUCGUAUGGUGAAAUUACUUGCUGCCUGCUAUAGUGGGCAUCUUUUCUCUGCUCAUCAGAAAAUUUCUUUUUGGAGGUUUUC